AUGGAAAAGGCCAUGAACAAGCAGCUACCGCAAUUGGAAGUUUGCUUCAAAGAAAUUUCCAUCUCGGCCGACAUCGCAGUGACGGACAAGAACGACUUGAAGACGACUCUGCCCACGCUGCCAAAUGAGAUGAUGAAAGCCGUCCGGGGUGUGAUCGCCAAGAAACAUUCAGUGAGGAAGGAGAUCUUGACUAAUGUUAGUGGCGUUUUCAAGCCGGGUACCAUCACGCUGGUACUGGGACAACCUGGAUCGGGCAAGUCUGCCUUGAUGAAGUUGCUCAGCGGCCGAUUCCCGGAGGAGAAGAACAUCACUAUUGAGGGCGACGUGACGUACAAUGGGACUCCGUUAUCGGAGGUGCGCAAGCAACUGUCGCAGUUGGUAUCGUAUGUGCCUCAGCGCGACGAGCACUACGCCUUGUUGACUGCGAAGGAGACGCUUGAGUUCGCGCACGCUUGUUGCGGUGGGGAUCUGGCCGAGUACUGGGAGAAACAGUUUGUUCACGGAACCCCAGAGGAAAAUGCGGAGGCUUUGAAGGUGGUUCGAGCGAUGUAUCAGCACUAUCCGGACCUCGUGAUCCAGCAACUAGGACUCGACAAUUGCCAGAACACCGUCGUGGGAGAUGAAAUGCUGCGUGGUGUGUCCGGUGGCGAACGCAAGCGGGUGACGACUGGCGAGAUGGAGUUCGGCAACGCUUACGUCAAGAUGAUGGACGAGAUCAGCACCGGUCUGGACAGUGCAGCGACGUUCGACAUCAUCACGACGCAGCGCAGUAUCGCCAAGAAGUUUCGCAAGACAGUGGUGAUCUCACUGCUGCAGCCGUCGCCUGAACUGUUUGCGUUGUUUGACAACGUGAUGAUUCUGAACGAAGGUCGCGUCAUGUACCAUGGUCCUGGCGAAGAAGCGUUGCGGUACUUCGAGGGUCUUGGCUUCAAACGUCCUCCACAACGUGAUGUGGCUGACUUCUUGAUGGAUCUCGGUACCAACGAGCAGGACCAAUACGAAGUGAGAAGCGACGUCCCUCGCUCUUCUCGCGAGUUUGCUUUCUACCGAAGCUUCUGGGAUAGUACUUCACUGCUCAUGAAGCGACAAGUGAACAUGAUGCGUCGAGAGAUGUCGGGUCUUGUCGGGAGGCUAGUUAUGAACACGAUCAUGGCGCUGUUGUAUGGCUGCGUGUUUUACCAGUUCGACCCCGCUAAUCCGCAGCUGGCCAUGGGUAUCAUCUUCGAGGCUACGCUAUGCUUGUCACUGGCUUUGGCUUCUCAGAUCCCGAUGAUCAUCGCUGCCCGUGAGGUCUUUUACAAGCAACGCAGUGCCAAUUUCUUCCGAACUGCAUCAUACGUAUUGUCCUUCUCAGCCAGUCAGAUACCUCCGAUCUUACUGGAGACUGUCGUGUUUAGCUCCAUCGUGUACUGGAUGUGCGGCUUUGUGAGCUCGGCGGGUAGCUUCCUACUUUUUGUGGUGACGCUGUGCUUGAUCAACAUCUCAAUGGGCGCCUUCUUCUUCUUCUUGUCAAGUGUCUCGCCCAACGUCAAUGUGGCCAACCCCGUGUCUGGUGUGAUAGUCGAGUUUUUCGUCUUGUUUGCUGGCUUUACCAUCACGAAAGACCAGAUUCCGGAUUAUCUCAUUUGGCUCUACUGGAUCAACCCUGUUGGCUGGGGUGUUCGAGCUCUGGCCGUGAAUCAGUACACUGAGUCCCGCUUUGAUACGUGCGUGUUCGACGGUAUCGACUACUGCGCUAGAUACGGCAUGAAGAUGAGUGAGUACGCGCUAAGCACAUACGAAGUCCCACCAGAGCGAUACUGGAUUUGGUAUGGCAUGGUCUUUAUGGUGGCGUCCUACGUCCUCUUUCUCUUCUGCGCCUUUGUUGCUCUGGAGUAUCAUCGCUAUGAAAGACCCGCGAACAUUGUGCUGGCCAUCGAAGCUAUCCCUGAGCCCUCAAAGUCGGAUGCUUAUUCUCUGGCGCAGACGCCAUGCAGUCAGGAAAAAGAUGUUGAAGUCGUGUUACCCGUGGCUGCAGCAAGUGACCGGUUUGUCCCAGUGACGGUGGCGUUCAAGGACUUGUGGUACACAGUUCCGGAUCCAGCGAACCCGAAAGAGACCAUCGAUUUGCUCAAGGGUAUCAGCGGAUACGCCCGUCCUGGUACUAUUACUGCACUCAUGGGGUCUUCGGGUGCAGGUAAAACAACGCUGAUGGACGUGAUCGCCGGACGCAAAACGGGUGGCAAGGUUCAAGGACAGAUUCUACUAAACGGACACCCAGCUACGGAUCUCGCGAUUCGUCGCUCGACGGGAUACUGUGAGAAAAUGGACAUUCACUCCGAGUCGUCUACGAUCCGUGAAGCGCUGACGUUCAGUGCAUUCCUACGCCAAGGAGCGGAUGUGCCGGAAAGCUACAAAUACGACACGGUGGACACUUGUUUGGAGCUACUGGGACUCAGUCCAAUUGCAGACCAGAUCAUUCGUGGCAGCUCCAUGGAGCAGAUGAAGAGACUGACGAUCGGCGUAGAGCUCGCAGCACAGCCAAGUGUUCUCUUUUUGGAUGAACCUACAAGUGGGUUGGAUGCUCGGUCGGCGAAGUUGAUCAUGGACGGUGUCCGUAAGGUGGCAGAUACCGGUCGCACGGUAGUUUGCACUAUUCACCAGCCGUCAGCUGAAGUGUUCCAAGUCUUUGACAGCAUGUUGCUGCUCAAACGUGGCGGUGAGACGGUGUUUGCGGGAGAACUGGGCGUGAAUGCGAGCGAGAUGAUCAAGUACUUUGAGUCGAUCGAAGGAGUGGAGAAGUUGCGAGACAACUACAACCCGGCGUCGUGGAUGUUGGACGUGAUUGGUGCCGGUGGUGUGUCCAGGCCGUCACCUUCCCUGCCACCGCUCGAAUACGGCGACAAACGAGCUGCCACGGAGCUCACACAAAUGAGAUUUCUGCUUCUUCGAUUCACCAACAUGUACUGGAGAACACCGUCGUACAACUUGACGCGUUUCGUUGUGUGGACUGGACUGGGUCUUCUCACGGGCAUCACGUAUCUUGACACGGAUUUCAGCACGUACGCCGGCAUCAAUUCCGGAUUGGGAAUGGUCCGUUCGGCAUUCUAUCGCGAGCGUGCGGCUCAAACGUACAACGCGUUCUGGUACUUCUUCGGCUCAAGUGUCAUCGAGAUUCCGUACACUUUCGCGGGUGUGUUGCUCUUCAUGGCAGUCUUUUAUCCAAUUGUGGGCUUCACCGGUGCUGAGGCUUUCUUCACUUUCUACCUCGUUCUGUCGUUGGGUGUGCUGUUCCAAGAGUAUCUCGCCGAGCUUGUUGUGUUUGCGACCCCGAAUGUGGAGGUGGCGGAAAUCCUGGGAAUGCUCGUGAGCCUCUUCACCUUUUUGUUCGCGGGCUUCAGUCCCCCCGCCUCGGAGCUGCCUACAGGCGUCAAAUGGAUCUACCACAUCAAUCCGUUCACCUACACAAUGUCGGCGCUGUGCACUAUUGUGUUUGGCGAUUGCCCUAGUGAAGGCAGCAGUGCCAUUGGAUGCAACGAGUUGUCGAACGCGCCACCAUCGUUGCGCGAAGGGAUUAUCGUAAAGGAAUACUUUGAAGUCAACUUCAGUAUGAAGCACGAACACAUCUGGAGAAACUGCGGUAUCUUGUUCGGAAUCGUGCUUUUCAUUCGAGUUUUGACACUUUUGGCGAUGCGGUUUCUCAAUUUCCAGAAAAAGUAG